AUGAUGAAGUCGUCCCUUUUGUAUUCACUCUUACUUCUCUUCGUUUUCAUCGAACAGGUUCGUUGUUUCGGUCACUCUCUUUCCAUUUCCUUUUUAUCCGCCCGCCGACUCGUGCCAAUGAUUCCAUUCAAAAUACGUCGGAUUUGAAUAGAAUUAAUGUUCGGUGCCGCCGGUCCCUUUGGCAAUUGUUACCUAGCCCCCCAACAACUACUUGUUACCUCUUUACGGCCACUUCAAUACCGACGGCUUCAAGUAUUUUGCCCAAUUAGUCAAAAACAUUUUUUGAAACGGAAAAAUGAUUGCGGUCUGGCAAACAGGAAAUGGAAUGUGUGUAUGAUGUCUGCGGGGUCAUAUGUCUCUCUGUGUAUGUGUGUUGAAAUCGAAAGCCGAAUGGCAAUGGGAUAUAUCUGAACACUGCGAAUCCAAUUGUCAAAGUGUUAUCAAAGAGUCGGGGACCAGUCCGCGGGAGUCCCUGCUGUGGCACUUACCAGUAAUCGACGGCCAUUCCGAAGACCGUUCUCCUAUUCUCUCGCCCUCUUACUCGUUCGAACAAAAGCACUCUUUUUGCCCGUCUUUUUCUGCCCCCACCACAACUUUCGAUUCUUUCAAAAACCUCUUUGUUGUCCACAUGAUAAGACGGGCACAGACGACCACAAUUCAAGUAUCGAAGAGACGGAAAAAAGGAACGAAGGCGAGUUUCAGGCGAGGAGUACGGUGUUCGAUGAAGAGACGGAGCAGUGCAAAGCCGAGUCGGGGUACGGUCGGAAGACGUUCGUGUGCGAUGUGCACGGUAGACUGGCGACGACGACGCGGAAGAAGUUGACGGACAUCCUCGCGGGGCUCAAGGACCGCAUCGGGUAAGAACAACUGAACUAACAGACGAUGCAUACACAAACAUAUUUGGCCCGCGCCUCAAUUUUAUAGUCUCGCUUUUUUUAUCGUGUAAUAGGAUGAGGAGUGUUGAGAGAAGAAGACCUUGAGACGGGACAUCAUAUGAAGCUAUUAGGCGCACGGGGACGCAAUGAAUAUAGGUCUAUGGGAUGAUCAGGAGGCAAGAACCAACUUGUUGUUUGGGUUCCAAAAAAGUAUCCGAUGGCAGACUGUUCCUUCUGUUUCUAUGCCUUUUCUCUUCUGAAAACUUUCGACGGUGAACCCGAAUCAAUCUUCUUCCAAAUGAGAAUAAUCUGAAGGGACGCCAAGAGACGGACGACUGUUUCUUUGCGAAAAAGUGCGCGAUACCCGAAAUACUUUUCGAGAUUCCAUCCCGAUAGUGAUACUCAAUCUUGUGGUGCCGACGCACGAGAUCCCUCCCGAUAGACCUCCAUUUUUUGAGCGCCGCCACCUUUCAGAUACCAAUCUUUCUUGCUUUCCACUCGCUUUUUCAGAUGCGAGUGCGCCGACGGAUGCACGAGAGCCGACGGUACCGACGCCUUCAUCGGACUGCUCCACGUGACUUCGUCCAAGAAUGCAAGUCUCUCUUUCUCUCUCUCUCUCUCUCUCUCUUUUUUUUCUUCAUCAUCUUUUCAUCGGAUAUAAGUUACAAAUUAGGUCAACUGGUUAGGUUUAUUUGUCGAUCAUGACAGGCGGACGGGCACCGCGCCCUGCUGGACUUUGAUGGAGAACGAAGAGAUUCAAGGGUCGGAUUACGAGGGAUUCGUUUCAGACGGACGAUCUGAAAAGGGACAUGGAGAAGGAGUACGACGACGCGCAACUGGGCAACACGACGUGCGACCACGGACUCGUGAUGGUCUACUUAAAGGAUACCCAACAGGUGAGACGAGAUUACUCAUUCCCCACUCGGCCCCCAAAUUUUCGAAAUCUUGACUCGCAAGUGAACAUGUGCGCCGCCCGUUUCACCUUUCUUGUCACUUGGCAGCGCCUGCGCAUAAAUUGAUGCUAAAUAAUUGGGCGAGGCGAAUUGAAUCGAAAUCGCCAUACAAAGAACAGUUUGCGAAGCGAGCGACACAUUCAUUUGUCUUGCGUGUUCGAGGUCAUCGGCUCAUUCGGAUACGAAAUGAGCCUCCUUCCAUCCGAAUUGUUUUGCGAAGAAAAACAAGGGAAAUUGGAAAUGAAUUCCCAUGCCGUUCGGUCGGAUCGCACGCAAAAACUUGCUGAAAGUGAACGCGUUACAGUUAGCCACUUUCCGCGGCGGAGAUUCGUUCGUACUUCUCGGCGACGACGACAUGCAGAAGCUUCACAAAUUGGCGGCGCAGGUAGUUAUCAGAAGCGGAGAGAGUGGGAACGAAAAGAGCGUUUUCAGCAGGGAAGUGAGAGCGACACUCUGGCUGUACAGUACUUGCUCGCCAACUACAAACAGGUCUCCGAGGCUCCGAUCGACAAUUGGUAUGCUUCGUGGCUGGUGCGUCCCGCGGAUCCGAUCGCAAGUAGCCAUUCGGUCUUUUUCAGCCAGUGAUCGGCCUCAUCGCCGCCGUCCUGCUCGUCCUCUGCCUUGUUUCGAUACUCCUCUCCAUGAUCUGCGCAAAAUGCUUCUGCUGUUGCCGAAAGAACAAAAAAGCAAGUUGCGCAACCGCCGAGAUCCUCGCCCUAAAACCUUUUUCUCCCCAUUCCGAACACAUUUGAUUCCGAUUCUCCCAAGCCAAUCAUACUGUUUCUUAGUGGGUCAAAUGUGUCGGUGGUGGUGGAGGUGAUGGAUAAGUCCGUCAGGCAGAGAAUCACAUUAAAAAAGACCUUGAUGUUCUUUCCUCUCACUUUUGAACUGACCGAUUUUGAAAAAGAACAAAACAGCGAAAGAGAAUGUAAUUGAGCGGUGAUUCAGGAAAAGUACGAGGUUACGAAGCCGGCCACGUAUAAGUCCAUCGAGCCGCUCUACGUCAUCACUCCGCCAUCGUAAGUCCAUUUGACGGAGAUCGAGAGAUGAGCACGCGUUGUUGUUCAGAACUAUGAAUCCGAGACAUCACGACGCCAUCUACUCGACGCCCUACUCCGGAAGUCCGCUUCCGUUCCCUCCGCCGCCAGGGACCACAGUGCCACACACUCCCAAUUCCACGUAUCGGUACAGGGUUGACACGAACAAGAAAGCGCCGAAGGACUUUGAAACGGGAUCAUUGGGACAGUUGCCGAUCGACGAACCGAGAAUAGGGCACCCGAUUUACUCUCCACUUCCAGCCCUCGAUCCGAAUUACGGAACCAGUAAGUUUCCCCUCGGUUAAGAUACUUGAGAUUCUUAUUCUGUCGUUUUCAGUUCCGCGCGCACGACUUGCCCCUAACGGAGCUCCGCCCCUUUCUCCGAGCUACUCAUCCGGAAACGAUCCGCACUUUUUGGAUCCCCGCAGGAAACAGGAAGUUCAGACUCGCGAAGAGCUCAUCUACUAA